GGAAUAUACAGUCUCAUCAUUCCAAGGCCAGGUAAGCGGAAAUUAAGACGAGUUUUGUGUUUCAGCGUUAGUUGUUGGAUGAUGGCGGUAUUGUUUGUCGUUUGUGUUGCUCUGUUUGGAGCUUGGGUGUCAGGGGACGUCUCCUGUAACCUGAGACAAGGGGGGCAAGUCUGGAAGGCGGACCCCCGGGACUGCUCAAAGUUCUACCUGUGUUUUAAUGGACAGAAAUUCAACUUCACCUGUGGAGAAAAUGUAUGGGACCCUACAACAAGAACGUGCGUGGGAGCUGGAUCGGAGUGGGACAAAUGUUCAAUCAAAUCUCAGCUGGAGAAUCUCAACCCAUGCAGCAGUCGCAACGUCGAACGGGCAGCCAAGGGAGAUAACUGUGCACAGUACUACGACUGCGUAUCACGUGACUCCACCCUCACCUCGGAUCCGCUCGUUAAGGAAUGCCCCUACCCUAUGUUGUACAAUGACGAGACCAACAGGUGCGAGCCCUACGCGCUAGUGACCUGUGGACAAAGGAAAGAGGCCAAAGACCCUUGUGAAUACGAGUCAAACCAGUGUCAACGAUCUCACUGCAUACCGUGCCAUGUGAGGUAUCCUAGCUGUAACGGACUCCAAGAUGGCAUGAACUCGUGGGUCGGACGAGAGUGGUCUCCCUUCUUCGUUGUCUGCGAACAAGGCAGAGUUGUCUACAAGGGUCAGUGUGACGAGACCAAUGCGCAGGAACUCUUUAAUCCAGAAAAACGCGCGUGCGAGGUGGUCAAGGACGAACGGGAUCUCAAAGAACUCAUGUAGUUUGAUCUGUGUGACAUCAUAGUUUAUUUUGGGGAAAGAUAACUGAAAGAAGAAGUGUCAGGAACUAACCAUUUUUUUAUAACGAGCUCCUUUUAAGUACCGUUUUCAUGGUAAGCAUCGUCAUGAAUUUCGGAAAACUCGAAAGACGAGUUGGAAUAUGUCCCUGUGAGCUCUGUAUGUCAGAGCUUUAUUGUCUAAUGAUUUUAUUGUUGAGCUUCUCAUGGUGAAAUACGUCCUAAAUGUUACAUUCUGAAUGAUUUAAUUAUCACAGCAUUUUGUGUUACAUAACUGGACUCCAAAUCACGGCAGCCAAGAUAUUUCUUAUCAACACAUCAGUUUUUAAAUUAAAAUCAAACUUGAUUUUAAGAAGUAGCACAGGGUAAUGGCCAUUAAAACUUUUUGGCAGUUGGAGAGUGAAUACAUUUUUACAGCCAUAUAACAAUUUUACCGACAAUGUUGGGCUUUAGAUCAAUUAAUUUAAUCCCUUGUUUUUAUGUAGAAUAUGAACAAUAAAACACGAAAGAGCAUAUCAGUUAUUGGUCGAUUGAAUUUCUAAAAGUUUAUAAUCGAACAAUGUUUUCUUUCGCUUCAUGGUAUAAUUGAUCCUCUGUGAAGAUUUUUUGUGUGUAUAUUGUGAAACAUGUCACAAACUAAUAAACACAUCAGUUCGUUA